GGGGUGGUGGAGGCAGGGUCGCGUGGCGCCCUCUGCGGCUGCGCUGGGGCGGGAGGUGGAGCUGGGCGCUCCUGCACCGUAGGGUUCGCGAGGGGUCGGGGGCAACGAUUGUCACCUAGCCGCCGGUGGCGGGAUGGCGACGGCCUCCGGGUCCUCGGACUUGGCAGGCUCCGGCGCGCCCCCGCCCGGCGGCGGAGCCCAGGCGGCGGCGGCUGAGGAGGAGGAGCGAGAGGUGGUACGGGUCCGAGUCAAGAAAUGUGAGAGCUUCUUGCCGCCAGAGUUCCGCUCUUUUGCUGUAGAUCCGCAGAUCACCUCACUGGACGUGUUACAGCAUAUCCUCAUCCGAGCCUUUGACCUGAAUGGGAAGAAGAACUUCGGCAUCAGCUACCUGGCCCGGGACCGGCUAGGACAGGAAGCUUACCUGUCCCUCCUGUCUGACUGGGACCUCAGCAUAGCUUUCACCACUGCCUCCAAGCCUUACCUGCAGUUGCGUGUGGACAUUCGGCCCUCAGAAGACAGCCCACUGCUGGAAGACUGGGACAUAAUCAGCCCCAAGGAUGUCAUUGGUUCGGACGUGCUGCUGGCUGAGAAACGCUCAUCGCUGACCACAGCUGCCCUGCCCUUCACUCAGUCCAUCCUCUCUCAGGUGGGCCGCACCUUGUCUAAAGUCCAGCAGGUGCUGAGCUGGUCGUAUGGGGAGGACGUGAAGCCCUUCAAGCCACCCCUGAGCGAUGCUGAGUUUCACACAUACUUGAACCAUGAGGGCCAGCUGUCCCGCCCUGAGGAGCUGCGCCUGCGGAUCUACCACGGUGGUGUGGAGCCCUCGCUAAGAAAGGUGGUGUGGCGGUACCUGCUGAACGUGUACCCAGACGGGCUCACGGGCCGCGAGCGGAUGGACUACAUGAAACGCAAGAGUCAUGAGUACGAGCAGCUCAAGAGCGAGUGGGCGCAGCGGGCGAGUCCCGAGGAUCUGGAGUUCAUCCGCAGCACGGUCCUCAAGGACGUCCUGCGCACCGACCGGGCCCACCCCUACUACGCGGGGCCUGAGGAUGGCCCGCACCUGCGGGCGCUGCACGACCUGCUCACCACCUACGCGGUCACCCACCCACAGGUGUCCUACUGCCAGGGCAUGAGCGACCUGGCCUCGCCCAUCCUUGCCGUCAUGGACCACGAGGGCCACGCCUUUGUCUGCUUUUGUGGCAUCAUGAAGCGCCUAGCUGCCAACUUCCAUCCCGAUGGCCGCGCCAUGGCCACCAAGUUUGCCCACCUCAAGCUGCUACUGCGACACGCUGACCCUGACUUCUACCAGUACCUGCAAGAAGCAGGCGCUGAUGACCUUUUCUUUUGUUACCGCUGGUUGCUGCUGGAGCUCAAGCGGGAGUUCGCCUUUGACGAUGCCCUUCGCAUGCUUGAGGUCACCUGGAGCUCACUGCCCCCUGAUCCUCCUGAGCACGAAGUAGAGCUUGUUGGACCCCCCAGCCAAGUGGCAGACACUGGCUUCAGUGGCCACAGGGGGCGGCCUGUGCGACAGAGGCACAUGCUGAGGCCUGCUGGCAGCGGGGGAGGCGGUACCUUUGAAGAUGCGGUUGACCACUUAGCCAGGUCUGGCCAGGGGCCUGGUGGGGGAGGGCGUCUCCUGAGACAAGCCAGCCUGGAUGGCCUCCAGCAACUCAGGGAUAACAUGGGCCCCCUGAGGAACCCUCGGGCCCAGCUGCCCCACCCUGCUGCCCUCAUGAGUUCCAAGUCCCUCUCUGAGCCCUUGCUGAACUCCCCAGACCCACUGCUCUCCUGUUCCCGCCCUGAUUCACCAUCUUCCUCGUCUCCGCCAUCCACCCCCGAGGCCUCCCCGACUGGUGACAUGGCCAUAGGAUCCCCCCUAAUGCGAGAGGUAGACUCCCCACGAGACCCUGGGAAGUCCCUGCCACCCCCAGCCCCAGCGGGCCUGCCCCCACCCCAGGAGUUUGGCCGGGGGAACCCAUUCAUGCUGUUCCUCUGCCUGGCCAUCUUGCUGGAGCACCGUGACCACAUUAUGCGCAAUGGGCUGGAUUACAACGAGCUGGCCAUGCACUUUGACCGCCUGGUGCGGAAACAUCACCUGGGGCGGGUCCUGCGCCGGGCCAAGGCGCUCUUUGCUGAUUACCUGCAGUCUGAGGUGUGGGACUCAGAGGAGGGCGCUGAAGCCACGGCCCCAUCCUGAUCAGGCUCCCUCCAGCCUGUCAGUCCUACGGGACUGUCCGUCCUCUGCCCUGAGGGCCUACACUUAAGACCCCAUGUCCCUGCCUGCCAGCCCUAGACCUUUGGAGCCUGGGGCCCUCUUUCCCCAGGUUUGAGUGUGCGGGGCUCUGCUUUGGCACUGUCCCAUGGAGGCCACAGCCUCUUUCUGUUUUGUUUCUAAACAACUAUACUUUGCACACGUGAAGGUCA